GAAAACGGCACUCUGAAUUGCUAAGGCAGAACAUAAAACGACAGAAACGUGAGGUGAACUAAAUAUUUGGGGGGAGAAGGGAGAGGGGAAAGGAGACAGCGUCCAAGGCUUGACUGAGGAUCUGUGCUCUGUCCACUUGCUGCAGAGGAGUUUGGUCUGUGGUAUUUACUUGAGGGACCUAAUAUGAGCUUUACUGGUCCAUCUGUUGGUUCUGGUGGUAGAACUGCUAGGAGGGCGUUUGAGUUUGGAAGAACCUAUGUAGUCAGACCUAAAGGCAAACACCAGGCCACUGUAGUUUGGCUACAUGGCCUCGGCGAUAAUGGUUCAAGCUGGUCCCAGCUCUUGGAAUCCCUCCCUCUUCCAAAUAUUAAGUGGAUCUGUCCAACUGCUCCUACUCAGCCAAUUUCAAUUUUUGGUGGCUUUCCUUCCACUGCUUGGUUUGAUGUUGGAGAACUUUCAGAAGAUGCUCCGGAUGAUGUAGAGGGUUUGGAUGCUUCUGCAGCACAUGUUGCAAAUUUGUUAUCGACUGAGCCUGAUGACAUUAAACUAGGCAUUGGAGGUUUUAGUAUGGGUGCAGCUACUGCACUAUACUCAGCCACCUGCUUCUCUACAAGAAAAUAUGGGAAUGGUAAUCAAUACCCAUGCAAUCUGAGUGCCGUUGUUGGACUAAGCGGAUGGCUUCCAUGUUCCAAGACCUUGAGUAAGAAGUUAGAAGUAGAUGAAGCUGCAAGGCGUGCUGCCUCCAUUCCGCUUUUGUUAUGUCAUGGGAAAAGUGAUGAUGUGGUUCCUUACAAGUUUGGUGAGAAAUCGUCGCAGACCUUAAGUUCAACUGGCUUUCAGAAUGUGACAUUCAAAUCCUACAACGGGCUUGGUCAUUAUACCAUUCCGGAAGAGAUGGACGAGGUUUGUGCUUGGCUAAGAUCAAAGUUGGGGCUUGACGGGACUUCUUCAUAGAACUCCCGUGAAACUCUCGAGCAACGGCAAAUGAAGAAGAAGCACAGAACAUGUAGGAAACAAUAAUUUUAAAGUGUUCAGUACGACCUUUAUGUCCUUUAUGACCUGUUAUUAUUUGGCUGGUGGCACUAUUUAAAUCGAUAUUCGUAUGUAAUAACUGGCAUUCAUUAUUUGAAUUGUGAACAUGUCGCUUGGAAGUAAACAGUUCUCCAACAUGGUACCUUUGUUUUC